ACUACUACUAUGACUGUUACUAUAAAAUAACACACUGCUAUCAACAUUGUCUGUUCGUGUAAUGAAGAUGAAGUAAUGUAUAAAAUAUAAAUAUAAUCUGUAGAUACGAAGGAGAUUUGUGAGUGAAGAUGGGGAGUUGUUUAACGAAGAUUGAGAGAGAAGAGAUGGUGACGAGAUGCAGAGGGAGAAAGAGAUACAUGAAAACAUUUGUGGAAGCGAGACAGGCUUUGUCGUCUUCACAUACAAUGUAUCUCCGCUCACUAAAAGCCACCGGAUCUGCUUUACUUCAGUUCGCUACGGCGGAGACGCCUCUGCACCACCCUGUUACGGCGCCGCCAGUGUCUGUACCGGGGCCGCAGCAGCCACCGAUGAGCCCCACUUCGUGGGGCACGUCUACGACCGUUUCGUCGUCGGCCGUGCGGCCGCCGCCGCCGCCUCCGCCGGUGCAGGGGAGUUGGGAUUUCUGGGACCCGUUUAUGCCGGCGUCGUCGCCGGCGGCGACGGAGGAGGACUGGGAGGAGACGACGGCGACGAUGUCGGAGGUGGUUAUGACGCCGGUGAGGGCGACGGCGCCGGAGCCGGCGGCGGAGAUGGCGGUGGUGGUGUCGGCCAAGAGUAAGGAGCUGGUGGAGAUCAUAAAGGAGCUGGAUGAGUAUUUUUUGAGGGCGGCGGGGUCGGGGAAUCAGCUUUCGUCCUUGCUGGAGGUUCCUAGUUUUAGUUUUUCCGACCAAAGAUCCACAGGGAAAGUUUAUGGUUAUGGGAAGAGUUUGAGUCCAUUGUUGUGGACAUGGGGGAGUUCCAGUUCAAAAAUGGAUGGGUUUGGGAAGUUUAAUGAAGAAGUGCUUCACAAUAAUUUGAAUGGGAGUCAUUGUUCUACAGUAGAGAGACUCUAUGCUUGGGAGAAAAAACUUUAUUUGGAGGUUAAGAAUGCCGAGACUCUUAAGAUGGAACAUGAAAAAAGGGUAAAGCAGCUGAGGCGGCUAGAGAUGAAGCGGGCAGAUUAUAUAAAGACUGAAAAAUCUAAGAAAGAGGUUGAGAAAUUGGAAUCAAGGAUGAUGGUUGCUUCACAAGGCAUUGAAACUACCUCUGCUGAAAUUAUCAAACUGAGAGAAUCAGAGCUGUACCCACAACUUGUUGAGCUUGUAAAAGGAUUUAUGUGCAUGUGGAGGAGCAUGUAUGAGUGCCACCAGGUCCAGAUGCACAUAGUUCAGCAACUCAAAUACCUUAACACUACCCCGUCUAAUAAUCCAACCUCCGAAAUUCACAGGCAAUCUACCCUUCAACUUGAGCUUGAGGUGCAGCAAUGGCAUAUAUCCUUCUGUAACAUAGUAAAGGCUCAACGAGAAUACAUACAGUCGCUUUCAGGGUGGCUAAGGCUUAGUCUUUUCCAGUUCAACGACAACUCGGUCUCCAAAACGAAACAAGAUUCUGCUAUCUACUCCCUUUGCGAAGAAUGGCAUCUUGCUAUCGAUCAUGCUCCGGACAAAGUUGCAUCAGAGGGAAUCAAUAGCUUGUUAACCGUAAUCCAUGGUAUCGUUGUGCAACAAGCAGAAGAGCACAAGCAAAAGAAGAAAUCGGAAUCUGUCUUCAAAGAGUUUGAAAAGAAGACAAGUGAGCUACGAGCAUUAGAAAACAAGUAUGGUCCUUUCUCAAUGCCUGAUUCAUCUGGGGCCAAGAAUCCAGUUGCAGACAAGCGUGCCAAGGUCGCGAUUCUUAGGGUGAAGUCAGAGGAUGAAAGAGCUAAAUAUGAAAAGGCAGUUAGCGUUACAAGGUCAAUGACUUUGAACAAUCUACAAAUGGGAUUGCCGCAUGUUUUCCAGGCAGUUACUGGUUUCGCCAAUGUGUGGAUGCAUGCUUUUGAGUCCGUCUACAACCAGGGGAAAGCUAUAGAUGAGCUGCACAAUGUGAAGAUGAUAUUACCUCGUUGACAAAAUAUUAAAUAGUUUUGACCGACUGGAUACCAAGAUGUUUGUGUACAGUGUUUUGAUUAGUCUCAACAGAUUUCGCCGAAUGCCAGUGUAAGCGCAGAUUCACAGCCAGUACACAUUUUGCCAAACACUUAGUUUUGAAUUGGUACAAGGAAUGGCCUAGAGAAUUUUUGCCAAACAGGUAGUUGAGAUUUGUGGUUAAGAGUCAAGUUUGGUUAUCAUACUCUGUUUUUGGUAUUUAACUGCUGUAGCCAUUUAUAUUCCCAUAUGAAAUUUAAGUUGUCAAAGGGCAUGAGUUUUUUAA